AUGCUACCUUCUCAGUUGAAUGCCUCACCAAAGCGUGCCAACCCUUUUGGUCGGUCAACUCCAUCUGCUUUGCCAUCUACUCCACAGACCAGAAGCCUGCGGCCAAAGUCGGCCAUUGUAACGUCACCUUCGAAGUUCGAAGAGGGGAAGAGUCAUUUCCGAAACUCGGCGUCUAUUUCGCAAUUGUCACCGUCCAGUCUCAAACGAACCGUGACCCGGCAGAGAUCGAAUUCUCUAAGAAACGAUGCGACAUCGGGGACAUUUGCGCCCGAGUUCAUCAAGUCAGAAGAACUACGACGAGGGGUGGACGAGAUCCGAGGUCUGGAAGGAGACAAUGACUUCUCAGGGAACAAAUACGUCUGGUUACGUCACCCCGAGAGAGCAUUUGUUCGUGGUCUGGUUCUAGAAGAAAGAGGAGAUGGGAAAUUGUUGGUCCAGAGUGAAGAUGGAGAGCAACGAGAGGUCGAAGCAGACCAAGUCGAUAAGGUCAAUCCGGCGAAGUUUGACAAGGCCGAUGAUAUGGCAGAACUCACCCAUUUAAAUGAGGCAUCUGUGGUGCAUAACCUGCACUCCCGGUACCAGGCAGAUCUGAUAUAUACUUACUCCGGCUUGUUUUUGGUCACAAUCAAUCCGUACUGUCCAUUGCCGAUUUACACAAACGAGUACGUGAAAAUGUACAAAGGUCGGAGCAGAGAAGAAACUCGACCUCACAUUUUCGCUAUGGCUGAUGAAGCCUUUCGGAAUCUCGUCGAAGAGGGUGAGAACCAAAGCAUUCUAGUGACCGGUGAAUCCGGAGCUGGUAAAACCGAGAAUACCAAGAAGGUCAUUCAGUACCUUGCAGCAGUGGCGACAGCCGAUACUCCCUAUGCUCGUUCAGGAUCUAAGCAGCUGUCUACACUCUCACAGCAGAUCUUGAGGGCAAACCCAAUACUGGAGGCAUUUGGAAAUGCCCAAACUGUCCGAAAUAAUAACUCGUCUCGAUUUGGAAAAUUUAUACGCAUUGAAUUCACCCGCUCUGGUCAAAUUUCCGGUGCCUCGAUUGACUGGUAUCUUCUCGAGAAAUCUCGAGUGGUCAAACCUAACAGUCAUGAGAGAAAUUAUCACAUAUUUUACCAGCUGUUGCAAGGCGCCGACCCGAAGAUGCGGGAAAGCUUGCUCUUAGCAGACUUGCACAUCGAGAAUUUUGCGUACACCAGAGACGGUAAUGAUAGCAUCGCCGGUGUGUCUGACGUGGAUGAGUGGAAUGCGCUGAUCGAGGCAUUCCACGUUAUGAAGUUCUCCGAAGAGGACCAGAUGUGUAUUCUUCGGACGGUUGCAGCGGUGCUCCAUCUGGGGAAUAUCACUAUUGUCAAAGAAAGCCUGCGUGCAGACCAAGCUGCCUUGGGCCCCGACCCAUUGAAUAGCGUCGAGAGGGCUUGCCAGUUGCUAGGGAUAGCGGCAGAGCCCUUUGUGAAAGCGCUGCUCCAUCCGAGGGUAAAGGCAGGCCGGGAGUGGGUGGAAAAGGUCCAAACUCCAGAGCAGGUUCGACUGGCGCUGGACGCUCUCGCCAAAGGUAUUUAUGAGCGAGGCUUUGGGGAUCUUGUCAACCGCAUCAAUAGUCGGUUAGAUCGCAGUACCAUGGCUGGCGAUGAUAGCUUCUUCAUCGGCGUCCUGGAUAUUGCUGGUUUCGAAAUUUUCAAGAACAACAGCUUCGAGCAACUGUGUAUCAACUACACUAAUGAGAAGCUGCAGCAGUUCUUCAAUCAUCACAUGUUUGUCCUUGAGCAGGAAGAGUAUGCACGGGAGCAAAUCGAAUGGCAGUUCAUCGACUUUGGCAAAGACUUGCAACCGACUAUUGAUCUGAUCGAGCUGACGAACCCUAUUGGUAUCUUCUCAUGCUUGGACGAGGACAGCGUUAUGCCGAAAGCCACAGAUCGCUCAUUCACAGACAAACUGCAUUCACUCUGGGACCGAAAGUCCCCCAAAUAUCGCGCCUCCCGCUUGAGCCAAGGGUUUGUUCUGACUCAUUACGCUGCUGAGGUAGAAUACGACACCGAGGGAUGGCUUGAGAAAAAUAAGCACCCUCUGAAUGACAACGUGACACGUCUCCUUGCACGAUCGAAAGACAAACAUGUCGCCAGCCUCUUUUCUGACUGCGGCGACCCGGAUGAGGAUAAUGACCUUCCCAAAAGCAGAGUCAAGAAAGGUCUUUUCCGCACCGUUGCACAGCGGCAUAAAGAGCAGCUGUCAAGUCUCAUGAACCAACUCCAUCAGACCCAUCCUCAUUUCGUUCGUUGUAUUAUACCCAAUCACAAGAAGCGUCCCAAGAUGCUAAAUGCUCCCCUUGUCCUAGACCAGCUACGCUGCAAUGGUGUCCUUGAAGGUAUCAGAAUUGCUCGUACAGGAUUCCCGAAUCGCCUCUCAUUUAUGGAAUUCAGACAGCGAUAUGAAGUUCUCUGUCCCAACAUGCCCAAAGGGUAUAUGGAUGGACAGAGUGUCGCCCACAAUAUGCUCCAAAGACUUGGUCUAGAUCCGGCCUGGUACCGUGUAGGUCGGACAAAGGUCUUCUUUCGAGCGGGUGUCUUGGCCGAGCUCGAAGAACAACGGGAUCAGCUCAUUCGGACUAUCAUGACUCAGUUCCAAUCUGCAGCCAGAGGGUUCAUCCAGCGGCGGAUUUCAAACAAACGCCUAUACCGGGCGGAGGCUACGAGAAUCAUCCAGCAUAACUUCCAAAUAUAUUUAGAUAUGAAGCGGAAUCCCUGGUGGCGGUUAUUCUCGAGGAUGAAGCCUCUCUUGGGAGAGACACGUACUGCUAAUGAAGUCAAGAAACGGGAUGAAAAGAUUAAAGAGCUGGAAGCCAAGAUGAAGCAGGACAUUGCUGAACGCCAGAAGCUUGAUGAAGAAAGACGGCGUACGGAGAUUGAGAUUCAGAAAAUCCAACACAUACUUGAAAGCGAACGAGCCCUGGCUCUUGACAAAGAGGAGAUCUUCAAAAGACUGCAGCUUCGUGAGAUCGAGUUAACCGAAAAACUGGCUGGAGCCAUUGCGGACCAAGAGAGUCUCGAGGACCAAUUAGAUACUCUGAUAGCCGCAAAGAAAAAGGCUGAUGAGCAGCUUAGCCAUCGCAUUACGCAGCUCGAACAGGCCGGCGAGAUCAUUGAACGGCUGGAAGCCGAGAAACGAGAUCUACAGGCCCGCCUCGAUGCCCUUGACCGUCAACUGGAGGAGGCCCAGAGCUCUGUCGCCGAGCAGGAAGCCCGUGUUAAGGAGCUAGACCAGGAAAUAAAAAUGCUCCAAAGCCACCUGAGUCUCAAAGACCGCAAAAUUCAAGACCUGGAAGCGAAAUUGCUCAAAACGGACCAGGAUCUUGACAUCAAGCUUGCAAAUACAUCCAAAGAUCUGGAGCAGUCGAAAAAGCAGAUCAAGGAGCUGGUCGAGGAGAAUCGUUCUAUCCGGCAACAGAUUUCUGAUCUCUCCUCCACAUCUACUGGAUAUGAGGAAAUGCUCAGACGAAAAGAAAGUGAAAUUGCUGUUCUGCGAAAUGACGCCAAGAAGCAUCAAGAAGAGAAGGAACACUUAGAGACGGAAAAAGGAGCCCUGUCAACACGCCAUGAUAAUAUGCAGAAGCGACUUCGAGAGCUGCAGGCAGAGUCGGACGCAAUGAAAUCUGAAAAAAGUCAGCUUGAACGUGAGGUCGCCGACGUCAAGAAGCUUCUCGAAGAGAAGAUUUCUGAGGAUGCAGAGGCUGGCGAGAGUAGGAAACUGCUUGAGCAGCAAAUUCACGACCUAAAGAAUCAACUAUUUCAGGCACAGGCCGAUCUUAGCCGUGAGCGACAGUCGAGAGACGAUGUCCAAAUGCUUGCUGAGCACAAUCUUGCGGAGCUCAGGGAUAAGUACGCCUCCUUGAAUGAAUCAAAGAUCAUCAUAGAGAAAGAGAUGUACAUUCAGCAGGACUCGCUUCGCCGUGCGACUGAAGCGCGAGUAGCUGCGGAGCAGUCUCGCAAGGAGCUCCAGGCCGAGCUUAUUAGACUUCGCGAUAGAUUCACCAAAGUGGAGAGUGCCCGCUUGAACGCGGAGGCUGAGAUCGAGCGAAAUGUGAAGAAGCAGGCCAACGAGCGUCUGGAUAGCGUCCGAAAAGAUCUAGAGGAAAAGGCGCGUCAGCUGGAGGAUGUUGAGGAAGAGCGAUCUCGUCUCUCAGUGAGAGUGCAAGAACUUACCAAUGCAAUUGCAGAGUCUGAAAACUUCCGCAUUCGCCAUGACCAGCACAAAGAGCGCCUCGAACGAGAGCUGGUUACGCUUAAAGGCAGGCUCACAGCCUCCGAAAACGACAAUCGCGCUCUUUUGACCAAGAUCCAACAGAAAAAUCUGGACAUUGCCAGGUCCAACUCAAAGGCCAGCGAGAGCCAGCGUCUCCGCAUAACGAACCUGCAGAGGGAAAAGGCCAAAUUGGAAGAAGAUAACAGAAAACUGACUAGACAACUCGGAGACCUGCAACUUUCCAUUACGUCUUUAGAGAAGCAGAAAGAAAAGUUGUCAUUGAGUCUGGAGGAUCUGAACCAUGAGGUCAACAGGGAACAUAAGGCCAGUCGCAAUGCUGAGAAGGCCGCCUCAACUGCCGGUAUACAACUUGCCGAAGCAAACAGGAACCUGGAAACAGAGAGACAGUUGCGAACUCAGGCUCAGGCAAACACACGAAAGCUUCAGGGAUCUCUCGACACUGCCCACAAGGAAAUCGAGACCUUACACCGCCAGCUGAUGCUUCUACACAAGUUCGUGGAGCCUCUGUCAGACAAGCCGCCGGAAUCAUGGGAGUCCAUUCAGCCAGACCUGGCUGAGAAAGUAAAUCUAGCCCAACUGCUAGAUACCGUUCAGAGCAAACUUCAAGUGACGGAGGAGAAGUAUAAUCGAGCAGAGAGCCAACUUGCAGAAAUGCGGCGUCGACACGAGGACGAGAUGAAGGAGCUGGACGCCCGUUACUCUUCAUCCAAGCGUGCAUUGCUUGAAGAGAUUGACCAGAAUCAGGUAGCCGGUAAUCGUACCCCGACACAUCUGAGAAAGAAUUCAGAAAAUGGUCUCGUCAAGAAAUUCGCUACCCCAACGACACCUAACCGGAGAUUGAAUCUCAACGAAGCUACAAUGGAUUCUGGUCGGUCAGAUCGCACAGUGGACACUAUCGGCUACCAGAAACGCAUGGAUCUCGCUACUGAAAUCGAAGAGCUUCAGAACAAACUCCAGGUGAGCGAGAUGCAGAACCGUCAUCUCCAGAAUCAACUCGAACAACUCAAACCUGUCCGAGACCUAUGGCAGGAUGAGAGCCCGUCUCUCAGACGUAUGCAGCUUUUGGAGCGCGAAAAUGGCCGCCUUCAUGACCAACUGGACGAUUCCACCAAAAAAGUUUCCGCCCUAGAGAGAAGCAUCCGAUCUGGAGAGCUAUCGCUGCGUGACGUUCAGGCAAAAUCGCACGAGGAGCUCUAUGAUCUGAUCAAUUCUCAGGAACAGUCUCGAAGAUCCUUGCUCAAAGUCCAUAAUGAGGCCAUGGCCGAUUUCACCGAGGCCAAAGCGCAAUUUGAGAAGCUCAAACGAGCAAAAGCUACUCUUGAGGUGGAACUGCGAGACGCACUCUCCGAAGCGCAAGAGUUGCAGGUUGCCAGGGAGCAGGAUGCCGUCAGCAGGAAUCAGCUUCUCGAGGAGUUCUCCGACUUGCAGAUACGGCUGGAUGCGGAAACGUCCAAGUCCGCUGAUCUCGCUUCCAGCUUGAGUUUGUACAAGAGUCGGGCGGAUGACUAUUUCAACAAGCUCGAACAAGCAGAAAUCGCCGUCCUAAAAGCCAGUCGCGCGGAGCAGUUUGCCAAGUCACAAGCCCAAGAGGCAGAGGAGACGUGUGCGCAAAUUAUGGCUGAGCGCAAACAGAUGGAUGCUCUUGUGGAAGACCUGCAAAGACAGACCCAGAUGCUAGAGGCUAGGAUGGAGGAUCAAGCAGCCGAGCUGCAAGGAGCCCUUCAAGCGAAACAGCGCUUGCAAAAUGAACUUGAAGAUUACAGGAAUCAGCGUGCGAUCGACAUCGAAGACAAAGAAACUUCAAUGGAGCAGACGAGGCUGAAGUACCAAAGGGAAUUCUCUACGCUCAACAAUGAGCUCGAGAUGGAACGAGAGAAGGUGCUCAAUGUUCGUAGCGAGAACGCUCGUCUUCGGGAGGAACUGGAGGACCUCCGUAGCAAGUGGGAUAAUGAAGUCCUGAACAGCUCCACUUGGGCUAAAGAAAAAGCUCGGAUGGAGAUCACAUUACAGGAUGUCACUACGUCUCGUGAUGAGGCUGUCAACGCCCAUAAUGAAGCCCAAGGCAGAGUUGUGUCCCUCCUUUCACAAGUCCGAAGUCUGCGAACCUCGUUUGACGACAUUACGGCAGAGCGUGACACGUUAUUCAAGGAGAAGAAGAUGCUUGAAGCCCGGCUGGCUGAGGCUGCCGAGAGACUGGAGGAACUCGCCAAGGGCGAAAGUCCGUCUAUGCGCAACGCCGCCAGUAUGGACCGCGAGCUCCUAGAGCUGAAGUCAAAACUCGCUCAACAAGAAGAUGUCUCAGCUGCCGCUGUUGGCAAGAUGAGGCGAGCCGAAGCUCUAGUGACUGAAAUGCAGAAGGAAGUCACUGCUGAAAGGGAGGCAAAUGCUCAGCUCUUCAAGGAUAAGGCUGCGCUAGAGAAACAACUCAAGGAGUCGCAGUUGCGAUGUGUCGAUUUAGAGACCAAGAGCUACUCGACAGGCAGUCAGGAUGUUCGAUUCCUCCACAAGAGGAUCAAAGAGUUGGAGACACAUCUCGAAGAGCAAGAGAACAAGCACAGCUCGGAACAACGGUCACUGCGCAAUGUCGACCGUACAGUCAAGGAUCUUCAGUCACAGUUGGAGCGGCGCGACAAGUUGAACGCGCAACUGGAGGAAGACGUCAACAAGGGGCGUGAAAAGAUCGAGCGUCUGCUUCGCAACAUUGAGGAGCUUCAGCAAAGUGACUCGGAGGCGCAGCUCCAGAUCCGCCGAGUUGAAAGGGAGCUACGUGAAGCACGUGACAAGGCAUUAAGAUUAGAGCGUGAUCUGGAUGGGUUGAAAACCCUGCGCGCCGAACGAGGGAGUACGAUUGGGAGGCCGCAUGUGACCUUCAGCGAUGUUGGAAGCAGAAGGGGUAGCAGUGUCUACGGGGCGAGUGACUUGCCGCAGAGAAUGCCGAGCAACACGAAAGGUUUCCUCUGA